AUGGGGCAGAGGCACCUACCAGGUCUCGCGAAGGCCUCCUCGGCAACCCCCCCCCCCCCCCGGGCUGUUCCUGGAGAGAGCAGGCCACGUGGGGGGCGGCGGCUGCCCUCUCUGCUCGCUAGACAGUCGGGGCGCGCUUCCCGACUCCGGGCCCUACUUGGGCUGUGCCCGGAAGAAUCCCCCUACUCGGGUGUCGCCGCUUACCGACCCCUAGACUGCAAUGGGCCUGGGCGGCGUCUCACCCCAUCAGCUGUGUUCCACCUCUUCUUGCUGGGCCUGGUCAUCUUGGAGAGAGCAGGUAAGCGGGUACCAGAUUACCACAGGCGGAAUGAUAACGGCAGCGCCUUGGAAACCUCGGUUGGCCGUCCCCGCCAGCGGGCCGUCACCCUUGUCCCUCGGGGCGCGGUGCACACCGCAGUGCGUCGGCACCAGGGUCCGGUGCUGCGAGCCCUUCGUCUCCGGACACGGGUUGGAAUUUGGCAACUUUAUCGUCAGAAAGUGGUCAAAGAAGUUCUCUUUUCGCUCUCAGUCAUGGGUACACCGCAGAAGGAUGUUAUCAUUAAGUCAGAUGCACCUGACAUCCUGUUACUGGAAAAGCAUGCAGAUUAUAUUGCAUCCUAUGGCUCAAAGAAAGAUGACUACGAAUAUUGCAUGUCUGAAUAUUUGAGAAUGAGUGGCAUCUAUUGGGGUUUGACCGUAAUGGAUCUCAUGGGACAACUACAUCGCAUGAAUAGAGAAGAAAUUCUGACGUUUAUAAAGUCUUGUCAACAUGAGUGUGGUGGAAUAAGUGCUAGUAUUGGACAUGAUCCUCAUCUUCUGUAUACUCUUAGUGCUGUUCAGAUACUUACUCUCUAUGAUAGUAUUAAUGUUAUUGACAUAAAUAAAGUUGUGGAAUAUGUUCAGAGUCUACAGAAAGAAGAUGGUUCUUUUGCUGGAGAUAUUUGGGGUCCCACUAAACAGCUGGUCUAA